GGUGGACCCCGGAGGCUCCUUGCACUGGCAGUCCCUCCUAAGCCUGGAGCCGGAGACCAACCACCCCAGAGCCAUGGAUAGACCCACAGUCUGGGUCCCGCCCUGCGCACUCUGACCUCUCCUCAGGCACAUUCGGCGUGCCUCUGGCCCCCUCAGCUUUCUUUUCCAAGACCAUUUCUUUAUGCCCCCUCUCACGAGGCAGGCUUAGUUUCUCCUUCUCCCACUCUCCUGAUGGCCUGCAGUGGAGUGACCACUGCUCCCCAGGAGUCCCCUGCUCCUCCUCCCCAGACGGCCAGCCGAGCUGUCCCCGGACGCGCCAUGCGCAGCACCACACUACUGGCUCUGCUGGCUCUGGUCCUACUCUACUUGGUGUCGGGUGCCCUGGUGUUCCAGGCCCUGGAGCAACCCCAUGAGCAGCAAGCCCUGCAGCAGGCCCAGAGGGAGCUGGAGCAGAUUCAAGAGAAGUUCCUGAGGGAGCACCCAUGUGUGAGCGAGCAGGAGUUGGGGUCCUUCAUUCAGGAGGUAGCUGCUGCCCUGGGAGGGGGUGCGGACCCAGAAACCAACUCCACCACUAAUGGCAACCAUUCCGCUUGGAACCUGGGCAGCGCCUUCUUUUUCUCUGGGACCAUCAUCACUACUAUCGGCUAUGGCAAUGCAGCCCUGCACACGGAUGCCGGGCGCCUUUUCUGCAUCUUUUAUGCACUGGUGGGGAUCCCGCUGUUUGGGAUGCUGCUGGCGGGGGUCGGGGACCGGCUGGGCUCCUCUCUGCGCCGGGGCAUCGGUCAUAUCGAAGCAAUCUUUUUGAAAUGGCACGUGCCAGCCGGGCUGGUGCGAGUGCUGUCGGCGGUGCUGUUCCUGGUGAUCGGAUGCCUGCUCUUCGUCCUCACGCCCACAUUCGUGUUCUGCUACAUGGAGAACUGGAGCAAGCUGGAGUCCAUCUACUUCGUCAUAGUGACUCUCACCACCGUGGGCUUCGGCGAUUAUGUGGCGGGCGCCGACCCCAAGCAGGAACAUCCAGCCUACCAGCCGCUGGUGUGGUUCUGGAUUCUGCUCGGCCUGGCCUACUUCGCCUCGGUGCUCACCACCAUCGGCAACUGGUUGAGAGCCGUGUCCCGCCGCACCCGGGCGGAGAUGGGUGGCCUCACGGCGCAGGCUGCCAGUUGGACCGGCACGGUGACGGCGCGGGUGACACAGCGAGGCGGGCCCACCGCCGCGCCCCCGGAGAAGGAGCCACGACUCCUACCCCCACCGCCCUGUCCAGCACCGCCCGUCGGCACACCUCAGUUCCCGGCGCCCCCGGAGAAGGUCCAGACCCCUUCCCCUCCCACGGCCUCGGCUCUCGAUUAUCCCAGCGAGAACUUGGCCUUCAUCGACGAGUCCUCGGACACGCAGAGCGAGCGCGGCUGCACCCUGCCCCGCGCGCCGCGCGGGCGCCGCCGUCCCAACCCUUCCAGGAAGCCUGCCAGGCCGCGGGGUCCCGGGCGUCCCCGAGACAAGGCCGUGCGGGUUUAGGGACAGGACCCCUGGCCCAGGCCCCUCCAAGGGCUUCGGUUCUGUUGUUUUCUUGGCAUGCUUGGCUUGUUUGACCAAAGAGCCCUCUUUCGUCGAUGCCACUAAAGGCUGGCGCCAAGGGUUACCUAAAGAAAAACAAAACAAAACAAAAAACACCACCACUCGCUCCUGCUCUCUUCCUCACUUCUACCUAUUUCCCGACCCCCCCUCACCCCAAGUCUUUCUAUGUCUGUGCCCUGGCCGGGCUUGUCACCACACCACACCUCACGACUGUGCCUCAAAGCCUGCAUCCAAUAAACAAAAGAGUUUGCACCGCC